AUUACUUCAAAAACCCAAAAUCUCAAAAUAAUCAAAAUCUAUAAAUACUACUUCACGACUUCCAAUUGAUUAAAUUAUUCGUAAAUAUUGAAUAUUACUUUUGGCAAAUCUGUCAUUAAGAGUGUUCAUCGAGAAAUCCGUAGGUUUGAAUUCGAAAUCAGAAUUUUACAGUUUUCUUUUGUUUUUUUUCUGUUUUUGAUAUAUGUAUAAGGAUUAAUCAAAAAGUUCCAAGACUUAUUUCAUCUAAAAACAAGCACUGUUGCAAUAGUAUUGUUACCUGUAUGUAGUUCAUACAGUCGGUUAAAUAUCUAUGUCUAUAUAUAGGAAUACUUUUUAGAUUACUGCACAUACAUUAAUAGAAAAUGUUUAAAUUUGAGCAUUCUUCAAUGAUAAAGUUUCUAGCAAUGAAAGAUCAAUUCCCAUCCAAUGUUCGUGAACAUAUGAUAGCAAUUUAUGGUGAUUGACAUUUCAUUAUACACUAUAGUUUCUGCACGGAAUUUCAGUUUUACAGAUAGACAAUUAAGUAUUGAUGAUGAUUCUUGAUGUAGACGACGUGAAUAUUAAAACAAUUAAUAGCCGGGUCUUUUAGCAUUCACAAAUGCAUGAUACAAGACAUUUUACAUGAUCAAUAACAUAUGUCUAAAAUUUGUUCAAGAUGAACGUUACAUUGGACAACACUUGAAAAACUGUACAAUGUUCGUAUAUCAAUUUUUACUUAUCCAUCUUUAAAAUGACGAACCCAUUGAAAAACCAUGGCAGAUGAUAAAGUAUUAUCACUAUAAGAUAUUAUCAUACGUUCAUAAAUAUCGAAGGAGAAUUCAUCCAUCAUAACGCAAAGUUUUGCUCAAAUUUUGGGUUUUCUCGUCUACAGAUUGAGAACUGUACGAACUACACAUAGACAACAAUACUAAUGCAAUAGUGCUUCUUAUUGUUUUUAAAUAAAAAUGAGUCUUGAUACUUUUUUGAAUGACUAUUGUAAGUAAAGGUCUGCUCAUAUCAUUCUCGGUUCAAAAAUCACUUAUAUAACUUUUAUAUAUCUUCAAAGUUCUAUGCACUCUGUAGCAAAAAAAAUUGUAAAUUUCAACAAUGAAAUUGAACUUUGUUUAUGAUUGAACUUACCAUUUUUAUUCGAACUAAUAGAAUAUAUUAAAUUUCUAUAUCGAAUUUUCAUUUCUUUAGGUAUGACUAAUGUUCGAUAUUCAACAUUAGCCGAAUAUCGUGACAUAGAAACAAUAAAUUUUCAUCGUGAUGCAGUUAAACAAGGUUUAGUAUUAGAAGAAAUAAUGGCAGCUGUUUAUGCUAAGUCACGUGAUAAUAGUCGUACACCAAUGCAAUGGUCUGGUAAAUUACCUCAUGGUGGUUUUACUAAUGGUGAAGCUAAUGUAAUACCAUGGAUUAAUGUUAAUCCAAAUUAUGUAGAUAUUAAUGUUGAACAAGCUCUUGAAGAUCCACAAUCAAUUUUUUAUUAUUAUCAAAAACUUAUUGCAUUACGCCAACAAAUGGCAAUUAUAAUACAUGGUAAAUAUGAUAUAUUACAUAGAGAUAAUACACAUAUAUUUAUGUACAAACGUUAUAAUGAUGAAGGUCAAGAAUUAGUUAUUGCAUGUAAUUUUAGUAAGGAACAAACUAAAAUUGAUGAUAUUCAACUUUCUCAACGUUUGAAUGAUCAUAAACAGUUAUUAAUUAGCAAUUAUGAACAAGAUAACAAAUUAGAUUGGCUUGAUUUUCGUCCUUAUGAAGCAUGGGUACUUGAAGUUUCAUAA